AAUGCCUCCUUGGCUGUGGUUGACUCUCAGGAAGAAGUAGAUUUCCUUUUACGCUACAAGAGUCUUCCUGAUCAUUGGAUUGGUCUCCGGAAAGAAUCUGGUCAACUCUGGAAAUGGGUAAAUGUCAGCAGUUUCCCAGAACAGCUCCUUGGACUUCCCACUGAAGCAGGAGUAAGAUGUGCAUAUUUGAACCAUAAAAGUAUUGCCAGCUCUGGUUGCACAAGAGAAGAACCCUGGGUUUGUAGCAGGGAGAUAACGUGAGACAUUGCCUGACCUUCUGAAGCUGUAUUUCUGCUGUGCACAUGCACUGAAGCACUCUAAAAGGUAUGAUGGGCCAUUUCUAGAUCCUCCUGGAAAUGUAAGGAGAGAGGACAUGAAACUCCUUAAUGUUUGGCUUGGUUUCAUCCCACUGGUGCUUCUGCGUAUGGUUUGAGCCUUGUUUUCAGGAGAUUGAAGAAUGCAAAGAAGUCACUGUUCAUCUGUCAAAUGCUUACUGCACCAGGAUGUUU